CCCCGCCCUCUCCCCCCCCCCCCCCGCCCCAGCCGCCGCGGGGACGCGGGCGCUUCUCCGCUCCCGGGGCGGCGGGGUCCGGCCGCGGUCCCAGCCAGAGCGGCCCCCUCCCCGGGGCGGGUGUAGCGCCGGGUUCCUCAGGGGAGGAGGAGAAAGAGAAGGAGAAGGAGGAAGAGGCGGCCGGGCUCCGCGGCGCGGCCUCCGCGCCCUCCCCCGUCCUCGAUCGGCCCCGGCCCCGCCUGCGCCCGCUCGCCGCCGGGUGAGCGUUGGGCUCCCGCGGCGCGAUGUCGGCGCGGCGGCGGCGGCGGCGGCGGGCGGCCGCCGAAGAGGAGGAGGAGGAGGAGGAGGAGGAGGAAGAUGAGGAGGAAGAUGAGGCGGCGGCGGGUAGCGACAAGGAAGUGGAUUUGGAAGAAAGAUUUGGUGAGUUGGAUCUUAGAUGUGAUUCAGAUGUUCCUGAUGUCCCUCCACCAACCGACAGCACUCCAGAAAUCCUCAAAAAGGCUUUGUCAGGCUUGUCUGUCAGAUGGAAAAAUUGGUGGAUUCGUGGAAUUCUCACUCUAGCUAUGAUUUCUGGGUUUUUUCUGAUCAUAUACCUGGGAUCAUUUAUGCUGAUGCUUCUGGUCUUAAGCAUCCAAGUGAAGUGUUACCAUGAAAUCAUUACUAUAGGUUACAGAGUCUACCACUCAUAUGAUUUACCAUGGUUUAGAUCCCUCAGCUGGUACUUUUUACUCUGUGUGAACUACUUCUUUUAUGGAGAGACUGUAGCUGAUUACUUCGCUACAUUUGUUCAGAGAAGAGAACAGCUUCAGUUCCUAAUUCGUUACCACAGGUUUAUAUCUUUUGCACUCUAUUUAACAGGCUUCUGCAUGUUUGUUUUGAGUUUAGUGAAGAAACAUUAUCGUCUGCAGUUUUACAUGUUCGCAUGGACUCAUGUCACUUUGCUGAUCACUGUAACUCAAUCUCAUCUUGUCAUCCAAAAUCUCUUUGAAGGCAUGAUCUGGUUUUUGGUUCCAAUUUCAAGUGUUAUCUGCAAUGAUAUUACUGCUUACAUUUUUGGAUUCUUCUUUGGCAGAACUCCAUUAAUUAAGCUGUCUCCCAAGAAGACCUGGGAAGGGUUCAUUGGAGGCUUCUUUUCCACAGUUGUAUUUGGAUUUAUUUUUUCCUAUUUUCUGGCUCAACAUCAGUACUUUGUCUGCCCUGUGGAAUAUAACAGUGAAACCAACAGAUUUGUGACAGAGUGUGAACCUUCAGAGCUCUUUCAGAUGAAGAAGUACUCUGUGCCACCAUUGCUUCAGGCUGUGUUGGGAUGGGAAACUGUGAAUAUGUACCCAUUUCAGAUGCACAGCAUUGCACUGUCAACAUUUGCCUCAUUAAUUGGGCCAUUUGGAGGAUUCUUCGCCAGUGGAUUUAAAAGAGCUUUCAAAAUCAAGGAUUUUGCAGACACUAUCCCUGGACAUGGUGGGAUUAUGGAUCGCUUUGAUUGUCAGUACUUGAUGGCCACAUUUGUUCAUGUCUAUAUCACCAGUUUUAUAAGGGGUCCAAAUCCCAGCAAAUUACUGAAACAGCUUUUGAUACUUCAGCCUGAGCAACAAUUAAGCGUGUAUAAAACCCUGAAAUCUCACCUUGUUGAAAAAGGGAUCCUCCAGCCAUCUCUGAGAGGGUAGUUUGUCAAAACGGAGGACCAGAAGAAACCUCCUUUUACAAGAAGCCUGUGGACAAGCAUUGCAAAUGUGCACAUAGAUAACAGGUAGAAGAAGAGUAGUUUGUGGUCUGAAAGAGGUCAGUGUUUCCUGAAAUGAAUGUGAAUGCUAUGACUUCCUAUUAGGACACAGAUCUCUUACUCCUAAAAUAAUGAAAUUGCUUGCAAAGUAACAGCACAUGUGCUGUAUAUUUUAGUUCCUGAAGUGGAUGGCAGCAGUCUUCCUUCAGCACCCAGCCUGAUAGGCUUUGUAUUGAAAAAAAAUUUUAAAAAUUCACUUUUUAAUGAUUUAGUUAAUAUUGUAUAUCUUAGCAAUACUUUUCUGGUCUCCAGUGGUUACUGAAGCAUAAACAGAUAAGGCAGGUGGUCACUUUUAUGUAGCCCCAUGCUGAAAUUACAAUUGGUCAGAAAAUACUUGGUAGCCCAGUCAAAGAGGUGCUUACAGCCUGCUCUGCAUCUGUAUACUACCUGUAUUUACUAAGUCACUAUGAAGGUUAAACUCAGCUCUGUUUUUAAUUAAACAGCUUUCUAAUGAAUUUAUUUCAUGCUUGCAAGAGAAAAGUACCUUUACUGAAGUAUAGCUGGGCUGUUUGGGCUGUGGAGCUGCUAUUUUUUUGGUUAAUGUUACAGAUUAUAAACAAGCGUCUACAUUCAAAAAUAGAGAUUACUUGAGAAAGUGGGAUUCUCCAGCCCAGUAAAGAGAUUGGGGAGAAUCUGGAGUUUAAGCUCUUGGUUUCCACAGCCUGGUCAGUGUCUGAAGACAGUAAUUCAAGCCUUAUUCCUCGUGCCUCUUAACUACAGUGUAGAAUGGGGGUAUUUCCUUCUUUUUAAAAGCACUUUGAGGUCUUGAGUAAAAAGUGAAGUUUAACUGCUGUUUUAUUAACAUGUUACUCAGUGAAAGCAGAAACUUUUGUCUCAUGGAUAUGCACAGUGCAAGACAGGGUGCAUGGUUCUUCCGCUGUGUGUUAUUAUUUAUUGAGAAGAUCCUCAAGCAAGCUUGGGUAACCACAUAGGUGUUUGAAUGGAGAAUUUUUAUAGAAAACAGCUUUUCUGUAGACUUAUUGGGACAUAUGAGGAAAGCUGAUGCUCUGUAAUUCUCAAUCCUAGCUGUUUUCUAACUUUUUUCAUCAUGUGACAUGUCCUGAUACAAAUAAAAAAAUAAACUUUUUUUGAAAUGACAAAAAAUACUCCUGUACAAACAGAAAGCACAAAUGCCAAUUUUGUUUUGGUAUACUGUAUCUUGGUACAAUUUAAUUUUUCCAACUAAUUGUAAAUAAGUUUCUCUAGCAAUGAAUGUACCAAUGCCACAUACGUGUGUGUGUGUGUGUGUGUGUGUGUAUAAAAAAAUAUUAAAAGGUGUAUGUGUAUAUAUAUUAAAGGUGAAAAUUUUAAUUUGGUUAGUGCUACUUGAGGAUAAAACAGUGGAGAAAAUCACUAGGGUGGGUGAUAAGCUGUACCUGUAGAAUUCAGAUUGCUUUUCGUUGGACCCCAUGCAGUGAGACCACCGUACACUCUGUUUUGCACUUAGGCUGUGGUAGCAUGUGUACAGGUUGUGUAUGGAAAAGCACCCCUGUUCGUGGCCAUGAAGUGUAAAAUAAUUCCUGCUGAUGUCGGGUAUUUGACAGUAUGGAAUUGUGUCUGACCUGGAGAUUGCAGUACUGUACUGAAGGAACACUCCAAGAGGUGAAAAAUGUUGCCAGCUGCCUGUCCGUCAGUGGCCGCGCAACUUGGCUGCUUAAUUGGAGGGACUGAAUUUCAGCCCUUUCACCAGAAAGGCAGCAUAGCCUGAUGGUAAAAGGGAGCACAGCCACAGCGUGGAACAUGUGGAAAGGUGCUUUAAAAAGAAGGGAAGGGAGAAUGAGAAGGUGAGCAAAGUAGCAUACCUGGAAAACUAACUUUUACAUGAGGCUUUGGUUAUGUACAGGACUUUGGUAGAUGCUUAUGAAAAAAACACAGCCAUACUGGAGCUGGUAUAGCUUUAUCCUGGGUAUUUAAAAAAAAAUAAUAUAUAUAUAGAAUAUAUAUAUAUAAAGGUAAUUGUUACUUUGGAAAAUUGAACUUUUUAGUGUAAUUUUAUAGCAUGUAUAAUAAGGAAGUUAAAAUAUAUUUUGACAUUUAAUACAACAGAGCAUUUGAAAUUAAUUGCUAUCUAUUUGCACAAUAGAAAGUUCAACACUGCGAUUCUGCUGUUCAAUGUUAAAAUGAAGAAGGGAUCACUUGUGAACUCACUCAUCAAUUUUCUGGAUAGAGUAAUAGCUUCCUGCUGGCUUAUGUUUGGUGUAAAUAAAGCUCAGCAGGAUCUGUCACUUCACAGUGACAACCAGGCUUGCUUACUAUGAAGUGCAUUUACCCCACUUGUUACUUCUGUUAGUUCAAGUGUUGCACCAUGAUCAACAGGAAGGUUCAAGUUUUUACACCAGUGGUUCUUUUCACUUGCACUUUUGUUCCAAGUUGCUAGAAUUACCUGUCGAGCAAAAAAAAAAAAAAAAAUGUAUAUUAUGUAAAUACUGUAAAUGGUAUGAGCACAUAAUGUCUGUUUUAGUUUGACUGUUUCAAUCUUGCACUGAAACAAAUGAAAAUAAAACUGGGACAGAAA